AAUAGACCCAGCUAAGGAAUCCAAGAAAAGGGACGAAUCCCCAUACUCUCGGCCAAGCUUAGGUCCCAGUGAGCUGUUAAAGAGUCUGCGCGGGCUGCCCCGAACUUGAUUUUUAUUUCUUUGGCUUACGGAUAUUCGCCGCCCUGCAAGACGAUCUUACCUUAACACCACACAAUCCUACAACAUCCCGCACCUGACCAACUCACCGACGACUACUACUGCAACAGCAUAUGUACUCGGCUGCUGGGCAAGUAAGUGCUCAGCCUACUAAUUAUUCAACCCCAAUCCGACAGGACGGGCAUCAUCAUCGAUCCCACGCGCGAGACUCGCCCUCCCAACUUACAACCGCCCGCACAGCAGCAGCCCCGAGGGGCUCCAGUCCAUCAAAUUCUUUCUAUACAGACUCCGGCGACCGUCCAGAGCGGUUCGCUCUGGCGGAACCCAUGCAUCGACGGCACACUGGCGGGCAACUAUCGAGUAGGACCGGACUACAAUGUCGAUUACUCUCCACAAGAAUCGCAUCCGGGCGAGCAGAGCCAGUCUCAACACGCAUACGACACGCAUCACCACAGAGGAAAUCCAAUGCAGCACGCGGGACACGGGAGUUUACAUGAAUCGGCGCAGUCGCAUUCUCAUCACACCAUGUCGCAGCAUCACCCCGCCCAUCACCACCAGAUCCUAAUGGAUCCGGCGCAUCUCGGCGGCCACCCGGCCGCUCGCCAUAUGGCUCAUCAGCCUUCGCACUACGGCCCAACACAGUCGCCUCACUCCGUGGUUGGUCCGCCGUUAUACCCGGCUAUGACACCUACUCAGCCGCAUAGCGCUGGGACGAAACGUAGUCGUCCAGACGACCUUGACUUAUCCGGUGGCAUGUCUGAACUUGAAUCGGGCGAUCUAGAUAACAUGCAGCAGUCUAUGGGGGCUUCAUAUGCGCAGGCUGCCGGCGCAGCUCCAACUCACCAUCAUCACCGCUUACCAGAUCAAGGGCCGCCUUCGAAGAUGAUGAGACGCGAAGGUGACGGGAGCAUGGGGGCCGCUGGGGGUGGCGCUCCGAGCGUAGUAGGACAAGCCGGAAUGCCACCGCCGGCACCGAGGCCAAGAGGGCCGAAGCUAAAGUUUACGCCGGAAGAUGACGCACUACUUAUCGACCUGAAGGAAAACAAAAGCUUGACAUGGAAACAGAUCGCAGACUUCUUCCCGGGGCGUUCCUCGGGUACGCUCCAAGUCCGGUAUUGUACGAAGCUCAAAGCAAAGACGACUCAAUGGACGGACGAGACAGACCAAAAGCUUCGGACGGCGCUUCAAGACUACGAAAACGAGAAGUGGCGCUUCGUUUCCAACAAAGUUGGGCCCGGGUUUACUCCUCAGGCUUGCCGAGAGCGGGCCGCGCAGCUUUCGGGAGAGGUGGCGGAUGUUGGGGAAGAAAACUUAUAGCAAUCAGCGUCCCCGCCAGGAGUUUCAGCUCCUGGGGCCGGGGACACCAUCUAUCCGCAGCAGCUUCAGGGUUGAGGUGUAACCAGAAGCAGACGCCACCAUCAUCGACACUCUAGGAUCAGAGUGACAAC